AUGUAUGACCAAAGAGUGUAUGAAAGUGUCUGCAGGCAGAGGAACAGAGGAAUAGAGAACGAGUGGGAUGAAAAGGAACAAAUGCAGAGCACAUACAGGGCGGACUUCGUGGCGAAGGAGCUGCCGGAGAGAGAAGCCAGGAAAACGGAGACGAGGGUAGUGAAUUUGCCGUUCGAAGGCAUCUCAACCUACAUGAGGGACUACAAGGCGCCGGAAAUGGUGCCGGUGGAGAGAAGAGCGAAGGAGCCGGAGAGAGAAAAGCUGCCGUUCGAAGGAGUAAGCACGUACACAUUGGACUUUUCAAUAAAGGCAUGGGAAUACUUUGGGAAAACAUGA